ACUUUCAACUUUCAACUUUCAACAGUUUCAAGGCAGCCCAAGGGCGAACUCAAUCCCACCGAAAUUUUCCCGCCAAAAAACACCGGAAAUUUUCGCAGACAACAGGUAGCAGAAGUGGCAAAUGCCGUUCAUCGCGUAUUCGAAUCUAGAGGAGAGAGCAUGGAAAGGUGUCACAGCUCCAUCGACACGAGCGACAUUGGUGCAAUCUUGGCCAAGUAUUUCCCCCAUAACGAUUCCUCGAUUGAUGACGAGAAGUUGAUGCUCACGUCGGAUCUCAUUCACUUUUUUUCUACACCAGCAGGGCUAGAUAUCGCUUCUCAGGUAAAGGAUGAUAACAACAACUAUUCUUUGGCCAUUGACUUUCAACAGUUCAGGAAAGUAUGUGAUCUUGAGAAUUUUCAUGCCGCUUUGGUGGAGAAACCUAAAAUUGCUCUGUUAUGCGUUGGCGCUGCAGUACACAAGAUUUUAUUGACCAAAGGGGAGAACAUGUUUGAGGAUGGGGCAAAGAUAAAUAUACGUUUACACAAUGACCCUGAAUCUAUGAUAGCUUUGAAGAACUUAAAAGCGGCAUACAUUGUGACAGACAAACUCGUAUCUGUUCGUGGAACUGUAGUUAAAGUUAGCACCGUCAGGCCUUUAGUAAUACAAAUGAGUUUUGAAUGUGAAAAAUGUAAAACAAACAUCACACGUAUGUUUCCUGAUGGAAAGUUUUCGCCACCGCCAAGUUGCCCUUUACAGGGGUGCAGGAGCAGAACAUUUCUUCCAAUUCGACCCUCUGCUCAGUCGGUAGAUUUUCAGAAGAUCAGAAUACAAGAGCUACUAAGAUCCGAAGAUCAUGAAGAAGGUCGGGUGCCUCGAACUGUCGAAUGUGAGCUUGUUGAAGAUCUGGUUGAUGCCUGCAUCCCUGGGGAUGUUGUGACUGUUACUGGAAUUAUAAGAGUGAUUAACAAUUACAUGGAUAUUGGAGGAGGGAAAUCAAAAGGCAAGAAUCAAGGAUUUUACUAUUUAUAUCUGGAAGCAGUUUCCAUAAGAAAUUCCAAGUCACAAUCAACAUCAAAGGAUUUUCAAGACUCUGAAUCUAAGGCCAGACCUACGGAGCUGUUUGACUUAUUCACUUUCUCUCCGAGGGAUUUGGAAUUUAUUGUGAAGUUCACUGAGGAACAUGGUUCAGAUAUCUUCCGCCAGAUACUUCAAUCCAUCUGUCCUUCCAUUUAUGGACAUGAGCUUGUUAAAGCGGGAAUUGCGCUUUCUCUGUUUGGAGGUGUACGAAAGCAUUCAAUGGAUCAGAACAAGGUUCCUGUCAGAGGAGACAUCCAUGUCAUAGUCGUUGGUGAUCCUGGACUAGGGAAGAGCCAACUGUUGAAAGCUGCUGCUGCACUUUCUCCACGUGGCAUAUAUGUGUGUGGUAAUGCUACAACUAAUGCUGGCCUCACAGUAGCAGUGGUGAAAGACUCCAUGACAAGUGAUUAUGCCUUUGAGGCUGGUGCCAUGGUACUGGCAGAUGGUGGAUUGUGCUGCAUUGACGAGUUUGACAAAAUGUCUGCACAACAUCAGGCCCUCUUGGAAGCGAUGGAGCAGCAAUGUGUCUCUGUUGCAAAGGCUGGGCUGGUAGCAAGUUUGUCAGCACGAACUUCAGUCUUAGCAGCUGCAAACCCUGUUGGUGGUCACUAUAACCGUGCUAAAACAGUGAACGAGAAUUUGAAAAUGAGUGCUGCUCUUCUCUCACGAUUUGAUUUGGUUUUCAUUUUACUUGAUAAACCUGAUGAACUGUUGGAUAAGCGGUUAUCGGAGCACAUAAUGUCUCUCCAUGCUGGAGGUGGAGAGCAUUCACCAAUGGUAAAAAAGCCUCGUCUAGCAUCACAGAAUGAUGGGAGCAUAGGUACGAAUGCCAAUAGUGCUUCUUUGGUUUCGAGGCUGAGACUUGACCCCAAAAAGGAUGCUGAUUUUGUUCCAUUGCCUGCUCCACUUCUUCGCAAAUACAUUGCUUAUGCAAGAAAUUUUGUUUCUCCUAGGAUGUCCAAACCAGCAGCAGAAAUACUACAGAAGUUUUACUUAAAACUGAGAGACAGAAAUACAUCAGAUGAUGGUACGCCAAUAACGGCAAGGCAACUGGAAAGUUUAGUGAGGCUGGCACAAGCUCGAGCUCGGAUAGACUUGAGAGAAGAGAUAACGAUCCAGGAUGCAAUGGAUGUCGUUGAAAUAAUGAAAGAAUCCCUCUAUGAUAAGUACGUUGAUGAGCAUGGUUUUGUGGAUUUUGGACGGAGUGGGGGAAUGAGUCAGCAGAAAGAAGCAAAAAGGUUUUUAGGUGCUCUCAAUAAGGAAUCAGAGUUGCAGCAGAAGGAUUGCUUUUCGAUUUCGGAAAUAUAUAGCUUGGCAGAUAGAAUUAGCCUGAAAGUUCCUGACAUUGACACACUUGUGGAAAACUUGAACAAUUUUGGUUACCUACUCAAGAAGGGGCCGAAGAUGUACCAGGUACUAACAUCAUCUUACUCGCGCAGCCAAUCAUCAAGGUCAAAGGGCUGAAGAUUAGAGCUUCAGGUGCUCUCUGUUUUGUUUUUUUGUCCGUGUCAUCUGAUGCAUGGUUCAUGCCAUUGAGUUGCCUUCUCAACCUCAAUAGUUGUAAUAUAUUUGCAUCCUGCAUCAUCCGUUUUAAUAAAACCAAUGCAAACAUGAAAUGAUUUCCCACCCA